GGCUAAGCUCCUCCACAAUUUGCAUAUCACUACCAUUUAUUCUUGAUGUACCUGUCAAUUUUUUCAGCAACUUAAUCUACAAACUUUGACUUCUACAUCUGUAUAAAAAGAAGACAUUUUAUGAGCAGAUGAAUAUCUCCACACAAAAAAUGUCAUGCUCAAACUCUUUCUUUUACUGGAUCAUUUUCUCUCUGUCUGUGUUUUUCUGUCUUGAAUUCUUGAUAGCCAGCGACACUAACACAGACAAGAUAGCACUGCUUGAAAUCAAAGCCAAAAUAAGUGAUGACCCUCUCGGUGUCACAAGCUCGUGGAAUGAAACUCUCCACUUUUGUGAGUGGUAUGGUGUUACUUGUGGAGGAAGGCACCAGAGAGUAACAGUACUAGACUUGCAGUCCUCAAAACUUACAGGUACCCUUUCUCCUUAUCUUGGUAAUUUAAGCUUCCUCAGGAUACUCGACCUUCGAAAUAACAGUUUCAGCAGCGUACUCCCACCGGAAAUCGGUCGUUUGCACCGGUUGCAAACUCUCCAGCUGUCUAAUAAUUCCAUCGGAGGGGAAAUUCCAUCUAGUAUAUCAAAUUGCUACAGUCUUACAGGUAUAUACCUUAUUUUGAACAAGUUUGUAGGGGAAAUCCCGCCAACGGUUGGUUCCCUGUCACAUUUGCAGUUUCUUAAGCUAACAAGGAAUAACUUGACCGGAAGCAUUCCUUCAUCUAUAGGGAACUUAUCAUCCCUCUCUAUCUUCUCCGUAGGUGGAAACAACUUAGUCGGGAAAAUUCCAGAUAGUCUAGGCAAACUAAAGAAUCUGACCUCACUGACUUUAUGUGAUAAUAAGUUUUCUGGAGAACUCCCACCCUCUAUUUUCAACCUCUCUUUGUUAACAUACUUAUGUUUAUACCAAAAUGACUUUGAAGGAAACCUUCCACCAGAUAUUGGUAACACUCUCCCGCUUCUUCAGUGGUUCUCUAUAUUCAAUAAUCGAUUUAGUGGACAUAUUCCCACUUCAAUAUCCAAUGCCUCAAAUCUACAAGUUCUUGAUUUGUCAAAAAACAAUCUUCGAGGACAAGUUCCUUCUCUGCACAAAUUAGUAAACCUUAUUCACCUUGUCCUUUACAGUAACUCCCUUGGGUUUGGCCAAGCUCAAGAUCUGAACUUUGUUUCUUCCUUGGCUAAUGCAACUAAUUUGCAAUGGCUUGAGAUAGAUCAAAAUAAAUUCAAAGGAGUUUUUCCGAAAAUCAUAUGCAAAUUCUCCUCGAUUACAAAAUUGGUAUUAAGUGACAACAACAUAGCAGGAGAAAUUCCAAAUUGCAUAGAAAACUUGGCGGAAAUGCAAAUGUUUGAUGUUAGCAAAAAUGCACUUUCUUCGGUCAUUCCUCACAGCAUAGGAAAACUCCAAAACCUCGAAACUUUAAAUCUAGGUGAUAACAAAUUAACCGGGGUCAUUCCACCUUCAAUUGGAAACUUAACCAAAUUGUCUAUGACUGACCUGUCAAAUAAUAGACUUGAAGGCCAAAUACCUCCUGCUCUUGAAAAUUGUAGAUCACUAAUAGGACUAUUUCUAUCUAAUAACAAUCUUAGUGGCAGUAUACCCUCACAACUCUACAACAUUCCCUCCUUAUCUAUUGCACUCUAUGUAGAUGGAAACCACCUAACUGGGUCACUCUCUGAGGAAGUUGGACAAUUGAAAAAUCUGGAAGCCCUUGAUGUUUCUGGUAACAUGCUAUCAGGUGAGAUACCAAGCUCUCUUGGUAGUUGCCUAUCGUUGGAGCUCCUAGGCAUGGACGAAAACAAUUUCCAAGGCCCUAUCCCUAAUGCACUGCAGAAAUUAACGGGUCUUGUUGAGCUAGGUUUGUCAUACAACAAUUUAUCUGGAAAAAUUCCAACAUUUUUAGCGAGCCUCAACUUGCAAAUAUUAAACCUAUCGUACAAUAACCUUGAAGGUGAAGUACCCAUUGGUGGAGUUUUCAACAAUGCAACUAAUCUUUCCAUCAUUGGAAACAAAAGAAUUUGCGGAGGCAUAUCAGCCUUAAAAUUGCCACACUGCAAUGUUAGCCCCACCGUCCAGAGAAGAAAGUUGAAGAACAGGAAGAAGUUGAUCCUUGUAAUUCUUUCAACUAUUUUGGGAGUUACUUUGCUAGUUGUUUUACUUGUGUUAUCAUAUACAUGCUGUCUAGAAAAGAAGACCAAGGAAACCACAACUUCUAAUGAUUCUGAAAAAAAUCGGAAUUUUUCUUACCAAACCCUUUUUAAAGCAACUAACGGAUUCUCCUCGGAAAAUUUAAUUGGCACUGGUUCAUCUGGGGUUGUAUACAAGGGAAUCCUUGAGGAUGGAUCUACAGUAGCUAUCAAGACAUUUAACCUUGAAUAUCGUGGUGCUUCCAAGAGUUUUUUGGUAGAAUGUAGUGUCCUCAGAAGCAUUAGACAUCGAAAUCUUCUCAAGGUGAUAACAGUUUGUUCAAGUAUUGGUUAUCAAGGCAAAGAUUUCAAGGCUUUGGUUUACGAGUACAUGGUGAAUGGGAGUUUGGACAAUUGGUUGCAUCCGAUAGAGGCAACGAGAGGAGUUGAAGACACAAACGAUGACUCGAGAAACUUGAAUCUUCGCCAAAGACUUGAUAUUGCGGUUGAUAUCGCAUUUUCUUUGGAAUAUCUUCACCAUCAUCAUGGCGCCUCCAUAGUUCACUGCGACCUCAAGCCAAGCAACGUUCUCCUUGAUGAAAACAUGGUCGCACAUGUAGGCGACUUUGGCCUAGCCAAGUUUCUCAUGAAAGAUACCGACUCUCAUGCCAAACAGUCCAAUUCUAUUGGAGUUAGAGGUACCAUCGGUUACACUCCUCCAGAAUAUGGUGCGGGAAAUGAAGUGUCUACCAGAGGCGAUGUCUAUAGUUUUGGGAUCCUGUUACUAGAAAUGUUUACAGGAAAGAGGCCUACAAAUGAAAUGUUCAAGGGGGGCCUAAGCUUGCAUUGCUUCGUCAAAGAAGCUCUGCCUGAACAUGUGAUCAAAAUUCUAGAUCAUGUCCUUGCCGAAGACAUAAACUUUGAGGAGACAGAUAACAGCAUGAUGUUGGAGGCCCUUAUUUCUAUACUUGGAAUAGCACUUUGUUGCUCAAGUGAGGUUCCUCGAGAAAGGUUGAACAUGAAUGAUGUAACUGCAAAGCUAUCAUCAAUCAGAAACAGGCUGCUUGGAACUUGUUCAAACAAAAGAGGAGAAUUCAAGCAGGGACAUGAAGGUGAUAUAAAUGUCUAACCAAUGUUAUCUUCAGAGGAACAAACUUGUGAUGUGUUGACUUGGACACGAAGAAUAAGAUGAGCUAUAUACUUCAUGAACUUCUCUUAAAAUGUUUAGUGCACUGAGUUCCUGACUCGGGAUCAGAGCAGCUAUCUAAUUCAGAAUACAGUCUCUAAAUUAUUUUGAUGAUUUGUUUUCAAGCUUAGAUGAAUCACAAUUUCAUUUGGGGAGUCAGGCUUUGUUGUUGUAGAUGAAUCACAAUUGAACAUUAUUAAUGCCUUAUCCGCAUUAGGUGUUUGAUGCAUAAGUCUUUUCUUGGAUACCUAGUGGCCAGUGAAAAUAACCAGAUAUAUCUUGUUUAGAUAUGAUAAACUGAACAAUAUUCCAAAAA